UAGUUCGAUGCGUGAUAUGAUGGGAAUUUAGUGCCUACGACGAGUAUUUUCUAAAACGAGGUGGGGAUGCAAGGCUCCACGUAAAGAAGGAACAGAGUAAAACACAGUGGAGAUAGUUGUCUUUUUGUCAAACGUGAUCAUUUCCGAAAGGUUCGAGGUUCGGAGAAAACGAGAAUGACAGCCGUGCAAAUCGAGGUCACGGAAGAAGCGGGCGAUAUGCAAAUUCCGGCGCAGAAACAAAAAUCUGUCACAUCUGGGCUAGAAUUUCUGCAAAUACCACAGCUUCCACUUAACAAUAUAGGAUAUCCACAAGCUCAGGAAUGGAUCGAACACAGAAAGGCCAACGUCAGGCCCUGGUCUUUAUUUCUUAAUACAAGUAACAUAAGGCCUCCACCUAGCUUACCAAGACUGACUAAAAGGAUCAUGAAAAAUAUUGAAUAUUUCCAAAGCAAUUACCUAUUCGUGUUCAUUGGAUUAGUUAUCUACUGCUUGGUCACUUCGCCCCUGCUGUUGCUCACCGUUGGCGUAUCUUUAGGAAUUUGCUAUAAAGUUUCUCAGCUAAAUGCCAGACAAGAGCUCAUGAUAUUUAAUCACAAACUGACAUUGGCUCAAGUUUACAGUUUAGUCGGCAUCUGUUCCUUACCAAUCUUUUAUUUAGUUGGUGCUGGUGCAGCUCUUUUCUGGGUUCUCGGUGCAUCUUGUUUUUUGAUAACUUUACACGCAGCAUUCUACAAUAUUGAUUCUGUAUUAUGUCCAGGGGAAGACGAACUUAAUUCCUUAGUCAUGCAGGAAAUAUGAUUUGUAUUAUAGUGAAUGUAUAUGAUAAGAAACUUUAUACGAUGUAUGAACAAUGUUAUGUAUUUAUAUAAAUUCACGCCUAGAACAAUUAACAGUUGUAAGAUAAAAUUUCUUAUAUAAUAUAUAUGUUAUUGACCUGCAGGAAUUUAUAUGAUCAAACCGAAGAACAUUUUUAUAAAAUAGAUUGUAAUAAAUCUACACGGCUAUCAUAAAACGAUUAAAGUAUCUAACAAGUA